UAUGUACAACCGGCUUGGCAGCUGACCCUGUGGACGAUGGCUUACGUCUGCCUGGUCGGCGUGUCCGUCGUGGGCAACGUUACCGUCAUCUGGAUCGUCCUGGCCCACAAGAGGAUGAGGACCGUGACCAAUUAUUUCGUCGUCAACCUGGCCCUCUCGGAUGCCUGCGUGGCCGCCUUCAACACCGUGUUCAACUUCAUCUACGCCAGCCACAACAUCUGGUAUUUCGGCCGGGUCUUCUGCCACUUCCAGAACUUCUUCCCCAUCACGGCCAUGUUCGUGAGCAUCUACUCCAUGAUGGCCAUCGCAGCGGACAGGUACAUGGCGAUCAUCCAUCCUUUCCAGCCGCGACUGUCAGCCCGCAGCACCAAGUUCAUCAUCGCCGCGAUCUGGCUGGCGGCCUUCAGCCUCGCCGUGCCCCAGUGCUUCUACUCCAAGAUCGAGGUCGACUCCGGAGCCACCAAAUGCUUGGUGGUCUGGCCAGACGACGUGGGAGAGGCCAAGCACCUCGGGUAUCACCUCUCCUUGAUCGUCCUGAUUUACUUACUACCCCUGAUGGUGAUGUUUGUCACCUACAGCAUCAUUGGGUUGACGCUGUGGAGAAGGACAGUCCCUGGAAAUCAGUCUUUCGGAUCCAACCGGCAGCACAUUAAAGCCAAGAAAAAGGUAGUGAAGACCAUGGUUCUGGUGGUGUUGACCUUUGCCGUCUGCUGGCUGCCCUUUCACUUGUAUUUCAUUCUGAGUAAAUUCAAGAAAGACAUUUAUGAACAAAAGUUCAUCCAGCAAGUCUACCUGGCCAUCUUCUGGCUGGCCAUGAGUUCCACCAUGUACAACCCCAUCAUUUACUGCUGCCUCAACCGAAGGUUUCGCUCCGGCUUCCGGGUGGCUUUUUACUGCUGUCCUUGGGCCACCGCAACUGAGGAAGAUAAACUCGAACUAUCUCAGCAGCCAUCACUGUCCAGGAGAGUCCAAAGGAGUCAGACCAAGGAAAUCUUAUUCACCAUGAGCGAGGUGUCUCAGCACUUUAAGGACAUCUCCCAGCCCCACCAGGAGCAGGCGGGUUUCGACCCCAUUUGCCACGACUCCACUAAUCACGAAGGCCUCUUAUUCAUUGCAGAAAAUGAAAGUUUGGAAAGGUGUAAAACUAUCUGUUACUACCAACGUGAACGUUUCUGUUUUUUAUUUGACAUGCUGGAUGCCGUCGCCUAUAACCUGACCCUCCGUAGCUCCUCUCCGGAAAGAACCACGGAACACCGCAGGAAGCACAUCAAAAAGUUUAAUGUUGGUUGGUUUGUCUUUUCCACAAAUACCACUCACGCCGCCAGCACCGCCGCUGCCAGGGCACCAAAUAAAAAGGACUUUCCACCUCCGCGGAACCGAGUGGGCAUGCAACCCCGCGGGCAGACACUUAAAAGCUGCAGCUACGGUUUAGGAGACUCACACGGCACCUCACGACACUCAAUCACAGCGCGCCCGAAUGCAGACUGA